UGGAAAGAGGGAGGAGAGGAUCAGAGAGGCAGCGCAGAGGAGAGCAGGCAGCCACUGUUGUUAGAGACUCUUCAGGAGCUCACAAUGGAGUCUGUCACUGCUGCACGGUGUGUGGAUCUGCUGCUCGUUCUGUCGCUGCUGCCUCUGUUUAUCUGUGCCAACCGGAUUAUCAGCUCCUCACCGGACCUGCACCAGUCCUCCAGCACCGCCGGGCUCAGGCUGAAGGAGCACUCACAGAUUGUUGCCCAGCACAAUAGGCUGCGCAGCCGAGUCCAACCCACGGCAGCGAACAUGCAAAAAAUGGAGUGGAAUGAGAAGUUGGCCUUACUUGCAAAGGAGCGGGCGGCCUCGUGUCACACAGACGUCCCCCCUCAGCACUCCUCAUCGUUCAGUCACAUCGGCUGGAACGCACAUCUGUCUGCUCACGGUGACGCCUCAUUCUCCGACGUCAUCAACUCUUGGUUUGAGGAGGGGGAAGAUUUUAUCUACUCAACUGGGGAAUGCAGAGAGAACGCCUCCUGUCAGCACUAUACACAGUUGGUGUGGGCCACAUCGAGUCACGUGGGCUGUGCCAGUCAGCAGUGUCUGAGAGGAGGAGACCUCUGGGAGAUGUUUGUCUGUGCAUAUUUCCCUGGGGGUAACUGGGAGGUGAACGGUCGGCUGGUAAUACCCUAUAAGACGGGGCUGUACUGCUCGCUCUGCACCUCCUCCAUGUCGGGCUGCUUCAGACUGUGGGACCAUGUGGGUGGAUUAUGCGAGAUCCCAAAGAAUCCGUGUCGUAUGAGCUGCGGUCAGCAUGGCCAUCUUAACGUCUCGUCCUGCAAGUGCAAGUGUGACCCUGGCUUCACCGGACGCCUCUGCCAGGUCCGGUGCAGCGUGCAGUGUGUACAUGGUCGAUUCAAAGAAGAAGAAUGCUCUUGCGUGUGUGAUGUUGGCUAUGGCGGUGCUGAGUGUGCGGAGAAAGUGCAGUUUCCCUUCCACAGCUGUGAUGUGAUGGUAGAUGGCGACUGCUUCAUGGCGUCUUCAGAAGCUGACACCUACUAUGGAGCCAAGAGUCGCUGUCAGGAACGAGGGGGUAUUCUAGCUCACAUCCACAAUCAGAAGCUUCAGGACAUCCUGGCCUUUUAUCUCAGUCAGCUGGAGACAAACAACGAGGUCACCAACACUGACUUUGAGACUCGAAACUUCUGGAUAGGUUUGACAUAUAAGCCUCUGAAAGACUCGUUCCGCUGGGACACAGGAGAGAUCCCUCGAUUCAGCAGCUUUGCCUUCGGGCAACCUGAUAACCAAGGCUUUGGAAACUGUGUGGAGCUGCAGGCAUCGAGUGCCUUUAACUGGAACGACCAGCGCUGUAAAACACACAACCGAUACAUCUGCCAGCAUGCUGCAGAGCACAUCGCCCAGUGGGAGGACGGCAGGUGAAACUGUUCAUGAAGUUUGCGUCACAUGUUGGUUGUGACAGUGGCCGUGGUUGUUGCUGUCAAUGUGUCAUGAGUGUGUUGUCAAUCAUCACGCCAAUGGACCCAUGUAGUUUAGAUGUACUGUAUAUACUGUACAUGUUGUAAUGUUAAAUGUUUUAUGUGUUUCAUCAUUAAAUCAAACUGUUUCAUUCUCUGCAAAUAUCUUGUGAGUGAUCAGCUUCAGUUUGAAUGAAAAGGCUGCCAUUCUCUGUCGCACUUCUCUGCUCGUUUCCCUUGUAUCUCUCCAUCCUCCGGCCUCGUGUGACCUCCAAAUCGAUUUAGUCUGCCAUCAUUAAAGGGUGUCUGAGUUCUCCUGAUGCUGCUCGAAGGAGUGAGCAGAAAGAAAAGAGAAGUACUCUUGAGGUGAUGACUGCGGGCUGCCUUCAAACUGCAUCAUUGGUCCAAUAACAGUGGUGACAGGACAAAUAACAUGAAGAAACCUAUACAACACUAAAGCAAAGAACCUGUAUGUUCUUGGUACACAACAGCAGCAUAGCAGACUUAAACACACAGGGGGCUAAUCAACAAAUUGAACACAGGUGCGGACAGAAAAAGUGCAGGAAAGAGACAAAGACAGGAAGUGGAAUUUAAAAAAUGAAACCCAAGAAGAGGUUUUGAACAUAAAACAGGAAAUUACAAAAAUAACACACUUUAUAGUGUUCCCAUCAACCUCAGCUGUAACCUGCAACCUCAACCUAUUUCACAUCAGCAUGUUAGCACUGUCAUUAUGGCCAUGCUGAUGUUAGCAUUUAGCUCAAAGCACUGCCGAAAGGUAUUACACAGCAGACUCACAGAGCUGGUAGCGGGGCUGCCGACUCUUAAUCUAAUUACUUGACAUUUUAAAACCCUCAGCACCUCAAAUGAUGGUCUGACCCCAAGAAAUUCCCUUGACCUUGACCUAAUCGCACAAAAGACAAAAAAGAAGGAAUGUAUUUAUAAAGAUAAGAAAAGAAGAGAAUGGAUCAGAGUAGUUACAACAGGAUAUGGA